UCGGAACAUGAGGAUGUACGUUCUCUCCUUUUGCGGAACUCUAUGGUCCGAGAACGCCACUGUAACCCCGGAAGGAAUCCUGAGAGGUCGGGAGCGGCAAGAUGGCGGCGCGAACCGCGUUCGGGGUCGUGUGCCAGCGCUUCUGGGAUUGGGGAAUUUUUCUGUAAACAGUUCUAAGGGCAGUAUAGCCAAAAAUGGUGGCUUGCUUCUCAGUACCAGUAUGAAGUGGGUACCGUUUUCAAAUCUACAUGUUGAUGUUCCAAAGGGUUUGACCAAACCUGUGAUAACGAUCUCUGAUGAACCAGACACAUUAUAUAAGCGCCUGUCGGUUUUAGUGAAAGGACAUGAUAAGGCUGUAUUGGACAGCUAUGAAUAUUUUGCUGUGCUUGCUGCUAAAGAACUUGGUAUCUCUAUUAAAGUACACGAGCCUCCAAGGAAAAUAGAGCGAUUUACUCUUCUCAAAUCGGUGCAUAUUUACAAGAAGCACAGAGUUCAGUAUGAAAUGAGAACACUUUACAGAUGUUUAGAGUUAGAACAUCUAACUGGAAGCACAGCAGAUGUCUACUUAGAAUAUAUUCAGCGAAACUUACCUGAAGGAGUUGCCAUGGAAGUAACAAAGACACAAAUAGUACAGUUACCAGAACACAUCAAGGAGCCAAUCUGGGAAACAGUAUCAGAAGAAAAAGAAGAAAACAAGUCCUAAAGCCUCAGGGAGGCCAUUUUUGCCUGAAUUUGAAAUGAGGGUGGGCCAGAUGAGUAUGGAGAGUGCUUCCCGCCGAGUUGAUUUGAGUCUGCCUAACUGCUCCAUUGGGUUUUCGUGCCCGGAUCAGCUGAGAGCAGGGAAUGGAACUUUAAUGACAGACUGGACCCUAGCGGAAGAACCACUUUUAUCUAUUCUUUUUAUACAUGUCAUUGUUUCAGUUCUGAUUUCAACAAAUAUGAGCAAACCACUUUGAUUCAAAGUAGAAAGAGUGAAAAUUCUGUUUUGUUAUGCUGCUGGUGUUCAAUUAUUAGUUUGUUCCAUUUUUAACUUAUAUUAGUUGAUUCAUCUGAAAAUAAGUGCUUGAAAUGUUCUUCACACCUUUUUUUAAGAUUCCUAGAAGGAAUCUUUGAUUAAUUCAAAUUGAGCAGUUAAAGUUUUUGAUAUUUACCUUUGUGCAGGCUGGCAUAUGCUAAUUUGGGGGUGGUAACCAACCAGUUUUAUCUCAUUUAAUCAUUACAUUUUGGAGAGUGUGAAUAUACUUUACAGCAGAUCAAACACAUUUAUGACAUGCACUGACUUCUUGUAGUCCAAAACUUUCUAGAAUUGCCUAUCAGGGUCACUGUAAUGGAAUUUAUAAUCUCAAGAAAUUACCAGUUGUAUCAUUUAUCCUGUGAUUCAUUCAUUCAGUAAGCUUUUAUCACAUAAACUUUGCACCCAGCACUGUAAUAAGCCCCCAAAAUUGAAUAGAAAUAGUGGCGUUUGAAAAUUGUACAAAGCGGGCAGGGUGCAGUGGCUCAUGCCUGUAAUCCCAGCACUUUGGGAGGCUGAGGCAGGUGGAUCACAAGGUCAGGAGUUUGAGUCCAGCCUGACCAAUAUGGUGAAACCCUGUCUCUACUAAAAAUAGAAAAAUUAACCGUGGUGGUGGGCACCUGUAGUCCCAGCUGUUCAGGAGGCUGAGGCAGGAGAAUUGCUUAAACCCAGGAGGUGGAGGUUGCAGUGAGCCAAUAUCAUGCCACUGCAGUACAGCCUGGGUGACAGAAUGAGACUCUGUUUCAAAAAAAAAAAAAAAAUUGUGCAAAGCAUGGAUAAAUAUUUUUCUUUCUUAA